AUGGUGCGUCAGCUGCACGACGGUAUGAUGGCGCGAGUCACGGACAACGGAGCUGUCUCAGAGGCAUUCGCAGUGACCAACGGAGUGAAGCAGGGAUGCAUGCUGGCGCCUACCCUCUUCCGUCUUAUGUUCUCUGCCAUGCAAAUGGACGCCUACCGUGAUGAACGCCCAGGGAUCCGCAUCGCCUACAGGGCGGACGGUCACCUGCUGAACCAACGGCGGAUGCACUUCCAUUCGCGCGUAUCCACAACCACCCUUCACGAACUCCUCUUCGCCGACGACUGCGCCCUGAAUACCACCUCGGAAGAGGAGAUGCAACGGAGCAUGGACCUAUUAUCCGCCGCCUGCGAGAACUUUGGGCUGGUUAUCAACACGCAGAAGACAGUGGUGAUGCAUCAACCGCCACCCUAA